AUGGCAGAACUAACCUUAAGAAAUAAAUUAGCUGAGAUUUUGAGCAAACCAAACAAUCCAGAACUAGAGAUGGAUUUCAGAGCAACUUGCUCAGCGAUUCAACUCGAUACUAGUCUUGAUGACCCACCAGUAAUGCAAGCUUACGAAGAUUACCUUAAUGCUUAUCAACAAAAAACAUCUCUUUAUAAUCUUAAAGGUGAUAGAUUAAUUAUUUAUAACACUGAAACUGAAACCCAAGAAGUCAAAAUCUUGCAGACUCCACAACCACUAGACUUAUACACUUGCACAACUCAACUUCCAAAUGGCAAGCUAUUCUGUUUUGGUAAUAUCGCACCUUUUGGAAAUGCAGCACUAAUUGAUUUAAAUGGAGGAAUCGAAGUGCUGCCAUCUGGAACUUCUUGUGGAUUUUCAUCAUGCAUCUGUUUCAACAAAAGCGUCUAUUGCUUUGGAGGAUAUAAUAAAGGCUACUUAACUCUAUCUAGUAAAUUUGAUUUGGAUCAAAAUCGAUGAUUUCAAUUAACUCCGAUGCCAAGAUCUGAUUAUCAAUGCCAUAGUAUAAUGUUUAAUGGAAAUAUUUUGUUUUCUGGAUAUUAUAAUAGACAUCUUUUUUUAUAUUCAAUUGAUAUUGACUCUUUCUCGACAAUUCCUUAUGAGUUUGCUAUAAGGAGAAGAAAGAUCCUGAUAAAUGCAGAGAGACUUUAUUUGAUUGAAUGCGAUAAAGGAGGAGUAAUCUAUGAAAGUGAAAUUGGAAGUUACAUGAAUUGGAUACCAAUUGAAAAAACAAUAAAAAUUGAUUGGAGUACUCAGCAAGUGUAUUGCUCAUAUAAUAAAGGAGGGAUAUGCAUUGGAAUAAAGGGAUCUGACUACUUCAAGUUUGAUUUGAAAGAAAAGAGAGUGAUUGAAUUAAAAAUCUAA